AUGUCUCGAGCUGUGCUCAUCACCGGCGCCACCGGCAAACAAGGGGGCAGCGUGAUUCAAGCCCUUCUCGACCAAAAUGCAGAUUUUGAAAUUCUCGCAGUCACCCGUGAUGCUUCGUCAAAUAGUGCGCAGAAGCUCCAGAGAAAGUCCACGAAUAUCAAGCUCGUUGAGGGGAAUCUGGAUCAGCCAGAAGACAUUUUUAUCGCCGCCGAGAAGGCUACAUCGCAGCGCAUCUGGGGGCUUUUUUCCGUGCAGGUUCCCGCCACGGGGAGUUCAAAUCAGGACAUCGAAGAAAAGCAGGGCAAAGACCUGGUCGAUGCCGCCCUGAAGCAUAAUGUCAAGUUUUUCCUAUACUCGUCCGUUCAACGGGGCGAUAACUCAUUUGAGAAUCCCACGCCUGUUCCCCACUUUAUCAGCAAACACAACAUUGAGCAUUACCUUGUCAGAAGAGCCGAAGUCUCGGGGAUGGAUUAUACGAUUCUGCGACCGGUCGCUUUUCUCGAUAACUUUACUCCGGACUUCUUUGGCAAGGUCUUCACGACCUCUUGGAAAGUGGCCCUCAGAGAGAAACCUUUGCAGGUCAUAUCAACCAGGGAUAUUGGCUUUUUUGGUGCAAAGGCAUUCCUGAAUCCUGACCAGUAUAAGGGAAAGGGUCUUUCGCUUGCUGGCGACGAACUCACCUUUAAAAAGAUGGCUGAGAUCUUCAAAGCCAAAACUGGCAAAAACGUGCCUUUGACUUAUGAAUUCAUCUGUCGGUUUCUCAUGUGGAUGAUGAAGGAUUUCGGUUACAUGAUGCAGUGGUUCUACGACGUUGGGUAUGGCGCAGAUAUCGCCGCUAUGCGGGAGAUCCACCCCGGUUUGAAGACCUUUGAGGAAUGGCUUGAAGUGGAAAGCGAAUUUGAUACCAAAUAA